UUUUUUCUCAACUCCCAUGGGUAUCGUUGAGCGAUGGAGCUAUUUGCGAGGCUCGUUGUGAGAGAAAGGCUGCGAGCUGAGGAAGCCGAGGGAAUGGGAAUGUGUUGGGCGCCAGCCGCCUCAGAAGAGGUUAGGACAUCUUAGGGAGAGAGAGAGAGAGAAAAUAAACCCACGUGCGCUGCCAUGGGAACGGAGAGCAUGGACGGCAUGCUGGAGCUCGCGGCCGAGGCGUUCCAGGCGCGAAACUUCGAGCUGGCCGCGGACAUCUACGAGUGCCAGCUCUUAGGCUAUAGCGACCCGGUCGUGCAGCAGGAGCUGCUGGUGAGGAAAGCUGACGCGCUGGCUUUUGACGGAAAGCUGAGCGAGGCGUUCGAGACGUACCAGAGAGCAUCGGAGCUCGACCGCCUCCGGCCCGUGCAGCUGGAGAACCUCCUCCAGUGCCUCUCCGGGCUUUUACGGAGGAAGGACAGGCUCGCCGGCCGGAGCGACCAACCCCCCGCCGCGGAGGCCGUGACCGAACGCAUUGGGGACGACAACACCUUCGCCUGCAGAAUUUGUUUCGGCUUUCUCUGCGAGCCUGUCACGCUGCUGUGCGGACACAGCUUUUGUAAGAAGUGCUUGGAGAAGGAAACGGCUGAGACUUGUUGCAAAGGCUGUGAGGAGGACAGUUUGAAAGAAACGGGAGUGCACGAGUAUAAAGUGAACGUGGUUCUCAGCAACCUGCUGUCCAAGUGGUUCCCGUCUCAGCUAAAGGCUUUCAGGCUGAGGCGAGAAGGUAACGGACUUUACGCGGAGAGGAAGCUGGAGGCUGCCUUAGAAAAAUACAACGAGGCAAUACACACAGCCCCAAAGGACCACGUGUUGUACAGCAACCGUUCAAAGAUAAACUUCAGUCUGAAGAGAUUUGAGGAUGCACUCGCUGAUGCUAACAUGGCUUGUAAACUGAAACCUCUUUGGGAAAAGGGACACAUAAGAAAAGCACAGGCUCUUACUGCUCUGGGGAAACAUGAGGAAGCUUUAACAGAGUAUCUUAUCUCCAUUACUUUGAAUCCUGAAAGCAAACUAGCAAAAACUGAGGCACAGAAGUUGCUGAGUGAUCUCCUACAAUCGGUCAGAGAUCAUGUGCAAAAGAAAAUUCUUGAAGAUCCAAGCUUCCUGUCUUCAAGGACAAGGGUUAAAAGUGUUCUCUCUUCAAGCACUGUUGGAUCUGUGUCUUCACCAAGGUCCAAGGACUACAAGACCUAUAUCAACAAAAGUGUCACCCAGAGUGGCAUUUCAAGAGAUGCUUCAGCUACAAGUAUUGAUGAUCCAAGUGAAAGACAAACCUGCUGCAAGAGCAAAGAGGAGACUGAGAGAUCUGCCAGCAUCAAUAACCAGAGCUCCUUCCUCAAGCGUAAACACAGUGGUGAGAAGGAUGACACAACAAGUGAAGAUGGCACAAUCAAGCGUUCUAAACCAGAUGAGCAGAGAAACGUGGGAACAACAUGGGGCAGUGUGAUUGCUGAUCUGAUUGACCCAUCUGAUCUGGAGUGCUCACUAUGCAUGAGACUCUUCUAUGAGCCGGUGACUGCACCAUGUGGUCAUACUUUCUGUCUGAAAUGUCUGGAGCGAUGUUUGGACCACAAUACUACAUGUCCUUUAUGCAAGGAAGACCUUUCAGAAUACUUGGCACAAGGGCAGUACAGUAAAACUAUUCUGAUGGAGGACAUCAUAUGCAAGUACUUUCCUGCAGAACUUGUAGACAGACAGAAGCUUAAUGAAGAGGAAAUCGCAGAACUAUCCAAUUUAAAUAAGAACGUGCCUAUAUUUGUUUGCACCAUGGCCUUCCCCACAGUUCCUUGCCCACUGCACAUCUUUGAGCCCUGCUAUCGGCUCAUGAUCCGGAGAUGCAUGGAAACUGGUACAAAACAAUUUGGAAUGUGCCUCAGCGACCCCAACAAAGGGUUUGCUGAUUAUGGCUGCAUGCUUGAGAUCAGAAACGUAGAGUCCUUUGCUGAUGGGCGCUCUGUAGUAGACACCAUUGGGAGGAGGAGGUUCAAAGUAGUCCAACAUAGCCAGAGGGAUGGAUACAAUACUGCAGACAUUGAGUACUUGGAGGAUAUUAAGGUGAACGGGGAUGCUGAAGCAGAGUUGCAAACACUCCAUGACCUGGUGUAUGACCAAGCCUUAGUCUGGGUGAACUCUCUCAAAGCAGAACAGAAGGAGCGCAUAGUAGGCCACUUUGGUCCUAUGCCAGAGAAGGAUUCUGACCCACAGGCAAGUCCCAAUGGGCCAUCAUGGUGCUGGUGGCUUCUGGCAGUGCUUCCACUUGAAGGCCGAGCUCAGCUGCCCUUUCUGGCGCUCACGUCCCUUAAAGAUCGCCUGACCGGCAUCCGCCGAGUGCUUCUCCUAAUGGCACGCAAUCGCUCUCGGUGACUUCCCCCUUGCCUCGCUGCCUCUUUUCGUAGUCCUCUGCCUCAUAGUCCUCUCGACCAAAAUCUAUUAAGCCUUCUCUAUACAUACAAAGUCCUUUCAUCAGGAAAAAAAUGGGCUUCAAUUAAAUGGCAGUAUCAGCUGAAGAUUUUGCCUAGCCUACGGAAAUGAUGGAUCCUAGUCAUGGACCUGAUGGAUCACUUGAUGCAUUUUAGGACACUUAAAUUUUUCAUUCAUAUUUGUUUUUGGGCUAUUUUGUAUUUCUUUAUUAUUAUUAUUUAUAAAUGUGUGUGAUUUUGACACACAGUUUACUUUAAGACAAAGAUAACAUUCUGGACUGAUGUUCAGAAAUGUACAAAUACAAUUUGAACAACAUUGAGAAACCUAUAGAAACACGAACUAUUUGCAGAUUAAGUUAUACAUAUUCAGUAAUCACCUGAAUUUACCUCUUUGGUGUGUAAGAGCUUUGGUGAUGAGAGCUUAAGCACAUUUAUGACUGAUGGUACAGACUUAAAAAUAUUUUCAAAUUCUUAAUAUGGAUACAUGCUUUGAUAAGGGACAUGAAGGCCUACAAAAUAGAUUAUUACAGUAAAUGAGUAAUUGAUUUCACAUAUAACCAAGGAAACCUGUGCAGUUUAUGCCAGAAGACCCAGAGACUUUGCCUAUUGAGACAUAAUUGGUAAAACUUAUUUGACACUGAAGUUCAGGAGUAUUCUUCAAGAAGAAAGGUGGAAAAGUCAUAUUAUUAUGUUUGUAUGCUAUGCAUUUCAGUAUAUUAUGCAUAAAAACAUCUUCAGUUAAAGUGAUGAGCUGCAAAAACAAAACCCGGCAGUGGUAGUAAGAAUGCACAACUGCACUAGUGUAUUUUACAGCAAUAUUGUGUAUACCUUGCUAAAAGGGAGACUACUUAUGCAGAUGUAAAAGUUUAUGAUUAAGUGAACCAUUACGUUUCCGUUUCUCGGUAGUGAUAUGAACAGAAAAUGAUUGAUUUGUUUUGUUGCAACAUGACCUCAGGUAAUGUUUUCAUUAUUCAGGCCAUGUAAAAUUUUGAACGCCUCAAGCUGUUAGUAUUUAAACAUUUAUGAAGUUACCAAUCUAAUUGCUGAUUUGGCCAUGCGUUUUCUCAGAAAAAAGUUAGUGUACCGGAUAAAAUAAUCAGAAAUUUUAUAAUAGCAUUAGACAAAUAAAAAAAAAAAGACUAAAUUUGUAUUAUAACUCCGGUUUCCAAAGACAUGCAGUCAGGCCGAUUGGACAUGCUAAAUUGCCCCCCAAGUGUGAUUGUGUGUGUGAAUGUGUCUGUCUGUCUGCCCUGCGAUGGACUGGUGACCUGUCCAGGGUGUAUCCUGCCUUCUACCCAAUGAGUACUGGGAUAGGCUCCAGCUCCCCAAGUGACCCAGAAGGAUAAGAAUCUCUUAAAAGUGUUUCCAAAAUCCUGAAAACAAAACGAAAAGAAACGUGUAUAUGUAGUGCCUUAAUUCAGAUUUGUUCUACAAUGCAAGUGUUGGAUAAUAAUAUAAACAAUAUGGGAAAUAUCCAAAGCAUAAAAUAGCACUCAAAUAUAGCUUAUUCUGUAUAUGACCGAUUGUAUUAUUGCCAAUUCUAAAUUGAGUACAAAUAGGGUGCUUUUUCUGGAGACAAAUGAAUCCUAGUUAUAGACUAAAAGGGAAUUUCAGUGGGAAAUCCCCAGUGUAAUUUAUUCCUCAGAUUAAUACAUAUCAAAAAUGAUUAAUACCCCUAAUAAAAUCAUGAGGUAUUAAAUAGAUGUAGUAUUAAGUGUAGUAGAGAACAGAACCAAUAUUCAGAUUAUUAACUGUUGACAUUUCUUCCAAAAUUCAGAGCACAAGAUUAUGCAAAUAAAAAAAGAAAAAGCAAAAUUUCUUGAGUUCUAUAAACUCUGUUUAGAUCCUUGCACUAAAACUCAGAAGUUGUCCUACCUCUGACAAGGUCUAGUAGUUCUUCCAGUGAAUCAUUUGGACAUACAUUGUUACGUGACCAUUGAGUCUUAUUUUGGUUAUGACAAUGCCUCUAAAUGAUUAUCUCUGUUUAUGAAACUGAAUGUAUGUUACAGGCAUCUUGUGUUUUGUUUAGUUGGCAGUCAGUGCAUUGUUACAUGAAAUAAAUGUAAUUUAAAUAAAAAGAAUAAUUAA